AUGAAAUCAAUCUUACUUUACACUUUCUAUCGUCCUCCAAAUUCUUCGUUGGAUUCCAUACAACAACUAAAUUCAUCACUUGACGACAAUCCUGAGUCCGCCUGCGUUCUUCUUACUGGGGAUUUCAACCUUCCUGCGAUCGACUGGUCUCUGGAUCAUCCAAGCCCAACCAGCGUCGGAGGUCAUUUGGAAGACAAGUUCUGUUUAUACCUUGAACAAUUAAUAUCCGGUCCUACCCAUCGUGAUGGUAAUAAACUUGAUCUACUGCUCUGCAACUACCCUGCAAUUAUUAGGAAUGUAACUACAACUUCUCCUGAACAAUACGGUUAUCCAGCUGAUCAUCAUAUCUUAGAGUUCGCAAUUCCGCAGAAUUUUUCUCGGUCUCAACCAAUUAAACGGAUAAUCUUUGAUUAUGAGUGUGGAAAUUUCGAAAAGCUACGGAAUGCUUUGACCAAUACAACAUUCGAAGAUAUGCCAUCAGAAAAUAUUGACCAUCAUCGGAAAGAAUGGUUUCUCACGCAUGUCAAAAAUUCCAUUCCUGUGAAAGUUGUGACAGACACAAACUCGCCACCCUGGAUCGACGGAGACGUUAGACAUUUGUUGCGGAAGAAGUAUGCUGCGUUAAAAAGAUUUCGACAGUCACGAACUAGUGCUCGAAAACAAAAACAGCGAACUCUAUCUCAAUCUGUCAAAUACCUAGUCAGACAAAAACAUCGCGAUUAUCUUGGAAAAGUUAAAGAUUCCUUUGCUGAAAAUCCAAAGCUGUUUUGGAGAUACCACAAGUCAGUGCGUCGUCAUCAGGUGAGCAAUCGACCUGAAAUAGUUUAUAACGGCGAAACGGCAAAGACCGCAGCCCAUAAAGCAGAACUUUUCAAUACGUACUUCUCUUCUGUGUUUACAUCUCCUCGAUCAAGUACCAACCUAGAGGCUGUCACCCGUUCACCUCUAUUAAGAACUGAACUGCAACUUUCGGACAUAGUAAUCAGUGUAGACGAAGUUACCGAUUGUUUGAAAAGUUUGAAUACGUCGAAGGCAAACGGUUGA